AUGGAGGGGAAAGAAGAUGUAAGAUUAGGAGCAAACAAGUACUCAGAAAGGCAACCAUUGGGAACAUCAGCACAAUCAAAGGACUACAAAGAGCCACCACCAGCACCAUUGUUUGAGCCAGGGGAGCUUCAAUCAUGGUCUUUUUGGAGGGCUGGAAUUGCUGAGUUUAUGGCAACAUUCUUGUUCCUUUACAUAACUGUAUUAACUGUCAUGGGUGUUAAAAGAGCUCCCAAUAUGUGUGCUUCUGUUGGUAUUCAGGGUAUUGCUUGGGCUUUUGGUGGUAUGAUCUUUGCUCUUGUUUACUGCACUGCUGGUAUUUCAGGUGGUCACAUAAACCCAGCAGUGACAUUUGGUCUGCUAUUGGCAAGGAAACUGUCCUUAUCAAGGGCUGUAUUUUACAUGAUAAUGCAAUGUUUAGGAGCCAUUUGUGGUGCUGGUGUGGUUAAGGGUUUCCAGCCAAACAUCUAUGAAAUACAGGGUGGUGGAGCCAAUGUGGUUAACCAUGGUUACACCAAAGGUGAUGGUCUUGGUGCUGAGAUUGUUGGCACUUUUGUUCUUGUCUACACUGUUUUCUCUGCUACUGAUGCUAAGAGGAGUGCUAGGGACUCCCAUGUUCCUAUUUUGGCACCACUGCCUAUUGGAUUCGCCGUGUUCUUGGUUCACUUGGCCACCAUCCCCAUCACAGGUACCGGCAUCAACCCUGCCAGGAGUCUCGGUGCUGCCAUCAUCUACAACAAGGACCAUGCUUGGGAUCAUCAUUGGGUUUUCUGGGUUGGACCCUUCAUCGGAGCUGCUUUGGCUGCAUUGUACCACCAGGUGGUGAUCAGGGCUAUUUCAUUCAAGUCUGGAUCUUAAGAAAGGAUGUUUCUUGAAUUGUCUGAUGCUGUUUGUGCUUGUUUGUUCAAGGACUUAUUAUCUAUUUUUUGUUACGAUGUUUUUGUAAUGAAGUUGUUGUAUGAGGAUGUGAAUAUCUUAACUUGAAUUAUUAUGCUUAAUUUUAUGGCAGCUUCUAAAUUGCUUUUCAAUGUUUCAAG